CAGUAUGGCUCAGUUUGGGUCUAGGGGGGUCCCAGUACGGCCAAGUUUGGGUCUGGAGGGGUCCCAGUAUGGCCCAGUUCAGCCUGGGGGGGGUCCCAGUGGCUCCCAGUAUGACCCAGCGGGUCCCAGUUCAGCACUGGAGACGGCGGCGGCGCGUUGCCGAGCAACGCCUCGCCCCGCCCCUCCGCCGCGUCACUCAACGGCGCCGCCCAAUACGGCGGCGAGGAGGGGGCGUGGCCGAGUUGGCCGCAAGGGGGCGGGGGACUGUCGCGGAGAGGUGGGGUUACCGAGCCCCUAGACCAAUGGGGAGAGCGGGAAGGCGGGCGUUGGGGCGGUGCUGACCAAUGAGCGUUCGGGAGACCCUGCAAGAGCGGGGUGGGCGGCCCCGUUUGGCCCCUCAGCGCCUGGGCGGCGACGGCGGUGGAGGCGAAGAAGAUGGCGGCGGCGGACGGCGACGAUUCGCUUUACCCCAUCGCCGUUCUCAUCGACGAGCUCCGUAACGAGGACGUGCAGCUACGGCUCAACAGCAUCAAGAAGCUGUCGACCAUCGCCCUGGCGCUGGGUGUGGAGCGCACCCGCAGCGAGCUCCUGCCCUUCCUCACCGACACCAUCUACGAUGAGGACGAGGUGCUGUUGGCGUUGGCGGAGCAGCUCGGCACCUUCACCGCCCUGGUUGGGGGACCGGAAUUCGUCCACUGUCUCCUGCCCCCCUUGGAGAGCUUGGCCACGGUGGAGGAGACGGUGGUGCGGGACAAGGCGGUGGAGUCCCUACGGGCGGUGUCCCACGAACACGCCCCACCUGACCUCGAAGGUCACUUUGUCCCCUUGGUGAAACGCCUGGCGGGGGGCGACUGGUUCACCUCCCGCACCUCCGCCUGCGGCCUCUUCAGCGUCUGCUACCCGCGCGUCUCCAGCCCCGUCAAGGCCGAGCUGCGACAGUACUUCCGCAACCUCUGCUCGGACGACACCCCCAUGGUCCGUCGCGCCGCCGCCUCCAAACUGGGCGAAUUCGCCAAGGUUUUGGAGCUGGAACACGUCAAGAGCGAAAUCAUCCCCAUGUUCUCCAACCUCGCCUCCGACGAGCAGGACUCGGUGCGGCUGCUGGCGGUGGAGGCCUGCGUGAGCAUCGCCCAGCUGCUGCCGCAGGAGGAGCUGGAGGGGCUGGUGAUGCCCACCCUGCGCCAGGCGGCCGAGGACAAGUCCUGGCGCGUGCGGUACAUGGUGGCCGACAAGUUCACCGAGCUGCAACGCGCCGUCGGCCCCGAGAUCACCAAAACCGACCUGGUCGGGGCCUUCCAGAGCCUGAUGAAGGACUGCGAGGCCGAAGUGCGGGCGGCCGCGUCCCACAAGGUCAAAGAGUUCUGCGAGAACCUGUCCCCCGACUGCCGGGAGGCCGUCAUCAUGGGCCAGAUCCUGCCCUGCAUCAAGGAGCUGGUGUCGGACGCCAACCAGCACGUGAAGUCGGCGCUGGCCUCCGUCAUCAUGGGGCUGUCGCCCAUCCUGGGCAAGGACAACACGGUGGAGCACCUGCUGCCGCUCUUCCUCGCCCAGCUCAAGGACGAGUGCCCCGAGGUGCGGCUCAACAUCAUCUCGAACCUCGACUGCGUCAACGAGGUCAUCGGCAUCCGGCAGCUCUCGCAGUCGCUGCUGCCGGCCAUCGUGAGCUGGCGGAGGACGCCAAGUGGCGCGUGCGCCUGGCCAUCAUCGAGUACAUGCCGCUGCUGGCCGGCCAGCUGGUGGGUGCUGGGGGCACUGGGGGGCACUGGGGGGGCGCUGGGGGGGCGCAGGGGGUCACACGCCAUCGUGGAGCUGGCGGAGGACGCCAAGUGGCGCGUGCGCCUGGCCAUCAUCGAGUACAUGCCGCUGCUGGCCGGCCAGCUGGUGGGUGCUGGGGGCACUGGGGGGCACUGGGGGGCACUGGGGGGGCACUGGGGGGCGCUGGGGGGGCGCAGGGGGUCACACGCCAUCGUGGAGCUGGCGGAGGACGCCAAGUGGCGCGUGCGCCUGGCCAUCAUCGAGUACAUGCCGCUGCUGGCCGGCCAGCUGGGUGUGGAGUUCUUCGAUGAGAAGCUGAACUCGCUCUGCAUGGCCUGGCUGGUUGACCACGUGUACGCCAUCCGGGAGGCGGCCACCAGUAACCUCCGCAAACUGGUGGAGCGCUUCGGCCAGGAUUGGGCCCAGGGCACCAUCGUCCCCAAGGUGCUGGCCAUGGCGGCCGACCCCAACUACCUGCACCGCAUGACCACCCUCUUCUGCAUCAACGUGCUGUCGGAGGUGUGCGGGCAGGAGAUCACCACCCAGCAGAUGCUGCCCACGGUGCUGCGAAUGGCGGCCGACGCCGUCGCCAACGUCCGCUUCAACGUCGCCAAGUCCCUGCAGCGCAUCGGGCCCAUCCUCGACAGCGGGACGCUGCAGGCCGAGGUGAAGCCGGUGCUGGAGAAGCUCACGCAGGACCAGGACGUCGACGUCAAGUACUUCGCGCAGGAGGCGCUGAGCGUGCUGGCGCUGGCCUGACCCUUCGCCCCUCCCCCCCCCGCAUGCGACGGUGCCGUCACCCCUCCCCCCUCCGCGGUGCCCCGCCCCUCCCCCCCGGGGGUGGCACCGCCCCUCCCCCCGCCCGGGGGUGGCACCGCCCCUCCCCCACCUCCCCCCCCCCUCCGGGUUAUUAAUUAAUUAUAACGAAUUUCGCUGUUAAUAAAGUGCUCCAAGGA